AACAUACAAUACUCAAAACCCAUUUCACUUUCAAAUUACUGUUUUUAAUUAAAAUUCUUGGGUGGGUAUAGGCAAGGUGUACUAUGAAUGGAAUGUUACUUCCCAUAUUUGCAGAAAUAGAAUGAGGCCUUUCAGCGGUAAAUAAUUUAAAUUCGAAAAGAUGUUUCAGUUCUGGAAUUCAGCAUAAUUAAAGUCAACUGAAAAGUAAGAAAUGCCAGAUUCAGUAGAGGAAAACUUACAGAGGGUUUUAAAGGGUUUGCCUUUGGAUGCCGAUGAAGCAGAAAUAUGUGAUUUCACCUUAGAAGAACAGAAUGAAGCACUGGAAUCACAAGGAAUACAACCCAGUGUGGACCCAAAAUAUAAACCAAUUUUAUGUGAAACAGUUAUGUACAUUGUAGCUUGUGUUAUAUUGAAUGAGCAUGAUGAGGUUUUAAUGAUGCAAGAAGCAAAAAAGUCCUGUUCUGGCAAAUGGUAUUUACCUGCUGGGCAUAUGGAAAAAGGAGAAAACAUAACAACAGCAUGUGAACGUGAAGUACUAGAAGAGACUGGUAUGAAGAUUGAGUGUACAACUUUACUGAUGGUGGAAACAGCAAGAGGAAACUGGAUGAGGUUUGUUCUGACUGGAAAAAUAGUUGGAGGCAACUUGAAAACUCCAGCAGAAGCUGAUAAGGAGUCACUACAAGCUAAAUGGGUUAAGAACGUGAAUGAAUUAGAUCUUCGAGCCAGUGAUAUUACUCACCUGAUUGACAGAGCCAGGGUUUACUACGCAGCUAAAAAAAGCUCCGAACCAGGUUGGAUUCAAGAUCAGUUGCCAGCUUUGAGGGCUUACUCUAAACAGUUACUUCGAUUAGUGGUAAUAAUUAAGAAGAAAGCUACUAAUCGCGUUCAUAUUCUUCUGAGUGAGAGAACAUCGUGGCAUUUGCCAGUUUGUGAAAUCCAUCCAACAAAAAGUUUGCAUUCGACCCUGAGAAGGUUUAUGGUGGAACUUUUCGGAGCAGAGGUUCCUGCUCAUAGGCCCUAUGGAUUACUGUCGGUUGAGUAUGAUCCUUCGACUGACAAAGAUGGCCUUUGUCUCACUUUGUUAGUAGCUUUUAGGUCGCCCCUUGAAGAGGUUCCCAUUAUUGGAAAAUGUGUCUGGCAUGAAACCACGAAGGAUUUAGGUGAUCAUCUACUUCAGAGGGUGGCAUCUAGAAAUGCUUCUUUCCCUUUGCAUGUCAUACGAUAAAAAUUGUUGCUUGUUGAAUUUUCUAUACAUUUUUCACAAUAAGUAUCCAAGUUGGAUCUGUGGUUAGGAAGCCUCAUAAAUACUAUGUUUGUUAUUAUUUAUUAUUUUGAAGUGGAACAGUGAUAGUAAUAAUAAAACUAAAUCCACAGUAUUAUCAAGAAAUUUUGUUGGUAACUAUUAAUAAAAUGUGUUUUGGGAUAUACUAACUUACUUACCCUGGUCAAGGUUUGCAUUCCAUGUCAUUUUAUAUGUUUGUUGGUUUUAUAUUACUUGUUAACUGAAUUUAUUUAUUAAAAUGAAUUAUAUUUUUAUUAUUA